UUGAAUUGAAAGUUCACGUGCGAUUAGAUUACGAAUACGGAAAAAAAAUUGAUUAAAAGAUGGAAGGAUUAACAGGUUCCUAUAUAGCAGUAGAGAAUAGAAGACAAAAAAAGAGAAGGAUGAAGAAGGAGUACGAACAAAGUAGGAGGAUAUUGGAGGAGGUGAGGAAGAGGAACGACGAUGAGAGGGAGGCAGAGGGAAGGAAAAGUAAGGAUGACGAGGAAAGGAGAAGGGUGGGAAAGGCAAAAGAGGAAAAGAGGAAAGCAGAAAAGGAACGUAGGGCGAAAGAUGAGGAGGAGACAAGGGAGGAGAGAGCGAUAAAGAGAGAGAAGGAAGAGAGGAGGGGAGCAAAGGAGAUGAUGAAAUUGAUGACGGAGGAGAUUUUGAAGGAGUUGAUGGAGCAGGACGCAAAUGAUGUGUUGGAAGAGGUAAAAGGCAAGUUGAGCAGGAGACAGAGAAGAAGAGAAAAGAGGAGAGAAGUGGAAAGUGCGAGAAAAGAGAAGGAAGAGGAAAAGAAGAAGGUAGAGAUGGUAAGGGAUAAGAAAAUGAAGAAGGAAAAGAGGAGGAGGACGAGGAGACUGGAGGAGGAGCAGGAAAGGAAGAGAGCACAAAAAAAAGAAAGGAGGGAGAGAAAGAAGAUGGAGGAGGGAACAGAAGAAGUGGAAAAUAUGGAGGGGGAGGAGUACGAGGGCCAGGAGGUGGAGGAGACUAGACAUGAAAAGAAGGUGAGGAAGGAGAAGAGGAGAAUGGAGGAGAAGAUGAGGAUGGAGGAGAAGAUUAGGAUGGAGAAGAGGGGAAGGGAGAUGGAGGAGGGAACAGAAGAAGUGGAAAAGAUGGAGGGGGAGGAGGACGAGGGCCUGAAGGUGGAGGAGACUAGACAUGAAAAGAAGAUGAGGAAGGAGAAGAGGAGAAUGGAGAAGAUGAGGAUGGAGAAGAAGGGAAGGGAGAUGGAGGAGAGAACGAAAGAAGUGGAAAAGAUGGAGGGGGAGAAGGAUGAGGGCCAGGAGGUGGAGGAGACUAGACAUGAAAAGAAGGUGAGGAAGGAGAAGAGGAGAAUGGAGAUGGAGGAGAGAACGGAAGAAGUGGAAAAGAUGGAGGGGGAAAAGGAUGAGGGCCAGGAGGUGGAGAAGACGGGACAUGUAAAGAAGGUGAGGAAGGAGAAGAGGAGAAUGGAGGAGAAGAUGAGGAUGGAGAAGAGGGGAAGGGAGGGGUCGACACUUACGGUAGACCGGAGGACCGGGUCCACCAAAAUCUUUGACGGUCCACUUAAUCUCCAAAGCUGGUAG